ACACCAUAGGUGGAAGCGAGACAACCCCUGUUCGACGAAUGAGCUGCCGUAUGUGUGUGCCAGGGCAAACGACUCUCACAUAAGUUUUAGGUUUUUUCGUCAUUGUCGUCGCCGCAACUCCGUUUUCGACAUUAUUUUCUUAACCGUUUAAUGCACUUAAAUUGUGUCUUUCCUUUUGCGUUAGUUGUGUGUGUUUCACCUCCGUGUGCGUGUGUAUCCCGCCCCUACCGCCCUCAUGAAAACAAAGAGGAAAUAUACAAAAAAUUUAGUUCAUCGAAUGAUUAACCAUUACUCAUAUGAUUUUAAUGGCUUUAACAAAUGAAGAAAUGUAUUAUAAUUGUUAAUACCAUUGCGUAAAUAUGUUGCGCUUGCGUGUGGCCCAAAAAAUUCGAAUUGAGCGAAAGUAAGGAAGAAAGAGAAGAAGAAGCAGUGAGUGCAGCACACACGAACGCCAGCAGAGGAGGCAGCAGCAGCGACGCAGCAGCAGUGGAAGUGCAAGUGCAAGUAGCAGCGGGACGAACGGGAUAGCCAAGCAACAAUAAAGCCCUGAAGCUGAAGCGACUGCCUAGAAAGUUAUAACAAGAAGGCCAAAAAGCUGAGGAGAGGAGCUCUGACGAGAGGACAGCGCAAGCAGCAGGCAAGGCACCGCAUAUCCACACACAACACUGUCUCUCUCUCUCACGUAGAGGUUAAGCACUCUUUCAAACACACACACAGAAGCACAGACAAAAUGGAGCUGCGCGUGGGCAACAAGUACCGUUUGGGCAGGAAGAUCGGAUCGGGAUCCUUCGGAGACAUUUACCUGGGAACCACAAUCAACACUGGCGAGGAGGUGGCCAUCAAGCUGGAGUGCAUCCGCACAAAGCAUCCCCAACUGCACAUCGAAUCGAAGUUCUACAAGACAAUGCAGGGCGGGAUCGGCAUACCGCGGAUCAUCUGGUGCGGCAGCGAAGGUGACUACAAUGUCAUGGUGAUGGAGCUGCUGGGCCCCUCGCUGGAGGAUCUGUUCAACUUUUGCUCGCGCCGCUUCUCGCUGAAGACGGUGCUGCUGCUGGCGGAUCAGAUGAUAUCGCGCAUCGACUAUAUCCACUCGCGCGACUUCAUCCACCGCGACAUCAAGCCGGACAAUUUCCUCAUGGGCCUCGGCAAGAAGGGCAACCUAGUGUACAUUAUCGACUUUGGCCUGGCCAAGAAGUUCCGCGACGCCCGCUCCCUGAAGCACAUCCCCUAUCGGGAAAACAAGAACCUGACGGGCACGGCCCGCUACGCCUCGAUCAACACACACCUGGGAAUCGAGCAGUCGCGCCGCGACGAUCUUGAAUCCCUGGGCUACGUCCUCAUGUACUUCAACCUGGGCGCCUUGCCCUGGCAGGGCCUUAAGGCGGCCAACAAGCGCCAGAAGUACGAGCGCAUCUCAGAGAAGAAGCUCUCCACCUCGAUAGUGGUGCUCUGCAAGGGCUUCCCGAGCGAGUUCGUCAACUACUUGAACUUCUGCCGGCAGAUGCACUUCGACCAGCGCCCCGACUACUGCCACUUGCGCAAGCUCUUCCGCAACCUGUUCCACCGGCUGGGCUUCACCUACGAUUAUGUGUUCGACUGGAAUCUGCUCAAGUUCGGGGGCCCGCGCAAUCCCCAGGCGAUCCAGCAGGUCCAGGACGGCACCGACGGCCAGGUGGGCCACGAUGCAGUCGUCGCGGCAGCUGUGGCGGCGGCCGCCGCCGCCUCCUCGCACCAACAGCAGCACAAGGUGAACACGACGCUGGCCACAGCGGGCGGCAGCACGCAGCAGCUCCUCGGCACCAGCUCCCAGGGCGGCCAGACCCUAGCGAUGUUGGGCGGCGGCGGGAAUGGAGGCAGCCAGCUUAUUGGCGGCAACGGAGGCCUCAACAUGGACGACUCGAUGGCGGCCACCAAUUCAUCGAGACCGCCCUACGACACACCGGAGCGCCGUCCCUCGAUACGGAUGCGCCAGGGUGGCGGCGGCGGUGGAGGCGGUGUCGGCAGCAUCCAGAGCGGCGGUGUGGUGGGCGACGUGCGGAACGCUAAAUAAUAUUUUAUGGUCUAGAUGCAGCAGCGCUGGACACAGUAGACAAAAAACUCAGCAACUAUACGUGUAGAAUACAUAGUUAUAUAUAUAUGACCAAUAUAUAUAUACACCAACACACCCACACACAUGCUUUAUAUAUGCCGUAUAAUGCAGGAUGACCUGGUCCCUGCCCCCACAGACACACAUACACACAUCGAGAGAGGAAGAGGAAAAUAAGGAGAUAGCAUUGAAGUGGAGAUGAGAUGAUAUGAGAGAAGAUGAGCGAAGAGAUGAUGAGAGAAGAUGAGCGAAGAGAAGAUGAGAGAAGAUGAGAGAAGAUGAGCGAAGAGGAGCGAAGAGGAGAGGAGCAGAGCGGAGCGGAGCGAGCGCUUUUCUUGAUUUGUACAUUUUCGUUUUGUUGCGGCUUUGACAUGGACGGACUUCCGCUCCCGGAGGAUCGAGAUAGGGCGUGGCAAAGCUUAUUAAUUAAUUACCUAGACUACGAUUAAUUUAAAUUAUAAUUUUAGUUGAUAAAACGAAUGCGCCAAAUGGCUGCAAGACGGAUAGAAUCGGAUAGCAACAUCUUCCACAUACACACACACACUCAAGAAGAUCAGUAGAUCAUGGGAAAGGGGUGAGCGGCGGGAGAGAUAGGGAGAAAGAGAGAGAGAGGAGGAGGAGGAGCAAAGAGCUAGCAUUUAACUACAGUACUGUACGUUUACACUGUGCAACACAAGAACACGACACGACACUAAGCCACACACGCUUGAAAAAGUGCAUUUGUGCCCAAAUCUUCCUCUUUGCUGAAUUUUUUUGUUUGUUAAUUUUUUUUGUUUGUUUCCACUCAGCCCCCGCCCCCCACUGAACGUUGAUCACUGAACAAACCAACAAGCAAACGCUGAUUUAUAUUCAAUGAAGAAUAUAUAGAAACGAUAGCUGUAGUGUGGAAGCCCUAUCAUUGAAACAAAAUUUGAAUGUAAGUGUAAUAUUUGUGUAAAAGAAACAAAGGACACUCCACUCGUCGGGGUGUCCCUAACCUUAGUCUAGAGAUCUAGCGAUAGCGAAACCCGAUGCAACCCCAACCCCAAACCCCAACCAAUCCUAGGUUAAGCGAUCCCCCCAGUUACAGAUAAUUUUGUCGGGGCACUGUCAUUACGAUAUCAUCGAUGAGAGGGUUCUUUAGCUUUAAGCAUAAAUCUGAUUUGUAAUGACCCACACCCCGCACCCCCCAAUAUGUUACCAUAUAUCUGCUACAACCAUAUAUAUAUAUAUAUAUAUAUAUAUGCUAAAUACUUUUAUGGUCUGCGCUUUUGCUGGAUGUGUUCAUAUAUUUCUCCAUUGAAAACUGUUCAACUGCGCGCAUUUCUCGAGUAGAAGAAGGGAUCCUUCCAUCAAGAGGAUCGACCCCAAGGGAUGUAACUAACAUAGAGAACAUAUGAAAAACAAGCUAAAAAUAGCAAUAGAGAAAACAAAACAACAAACAAAAAACAUUUGCAUUAACAUUUCGAGUAGAAGAACCCGUCAGUCGUCGACGGGCACUAAAAUUACAUAACGCUAGCUAAUAAAUUAUAGCUAUAAUAUGAAAUUUGUCUAUAAGUAAUACCAAACCGUAAAAAAUAAAACAAAAAAUGCAAAAAAAAAUUAAUUCUUAAUUUCUAAAUGCGCCAAGAGAAAAGGGGUAACAAUUAUAUAUACUAUAUAAUAUAUAUAUAUAUAUAUAAAUAUAUAAUAACUAUACGAACUAUAUCUUAUGAGAACACGUAAAAAACAAUGUAAAACUCCACGGACGAUGGACGUCAGCCUCUAAAAAAUAUGAAGAACACACCACAAAGGACACACGAACCGAAAAGCAAAACAUAUACAGAAAUCAGAUAUAUCAGACCGCAAGAAACUUAAAUAAAAAUGCAUUACGUGAUAUUUCUUAUAAA